CCUCGCGAGAGAGACAACCUUCGAACCCCCUAUUCAAAUGACCAUACGGUGAACACUGCCAUGCCGUUCGCCCAGCUUGUCAUCGGCCCCCCGGGCUCAGGCAAGUCCACGUAUUGCGACGGCAUGCAACAAUUCAUGACAGCCAUUGAGCGCAAAUGCUCUGUCGUGAACCUCGACCCGGCCAACGACCGAACUGCCUACCAGCCCGCUGUGGACGUCAGAGAUCUGGUUACCAUAGACGAGAUUAUGGAUCAGGAAAAGCUCGGCCCCAACGGUGGAAUCCUGUAUGCGCUGGAGGAAUUGGAGCACAAUUUCGACUGGCUAGCCGAAGGCUUGAAAGAACUUGGAGAUGACUAUAUUCUGUUCGACUGCCCUGGUCAAGUAGAGCUCUUCACUCACCAUGCCUCGUUGCGGAAUAUCUUCUUUCGUCUUCAAAAACUUGGGUAUCGACUCGUCGUCAUACAUCUCACCGACUCCAUCGUCCUGUCUAGACCCUCGCUAUACGUAUCAUCCCUCUUGCUUGCGCUGAGAAGCAUGCUGCAGAUGGAUUUGCCACACCUCAAUGUUUUGACCAAGAUCGACAACCUACGCGACUAUGGGGAGCUGCCGUUCAACCUCGAUUUCUAUACAGAAGUUCAGGAUUUGAACUACCUACUCCCACUGCUGAAUAGAGAACAAACAUCGGGGAUUCCAGGGCCUGCGGCAGCACCACAGCAGGAGUCGCAGGCUAUGGAUCUGGAUGAAGACGACGAAGAGCCUACAUCAAAAUUUUCUGCGCUCAACAAGGCUAUUGUAGAAAUGGUGGAAGACUUUGCGCUCGUCGGGUUCGAGACGCUCGCGGUGGAGGACAAGAAGAGUAUGAUGACGUUGCUCCGAGCCAUAGAUCGCGCUGGCGGCUAUGCUUUCGGUGGCACCGAAGGCGCGAACGACACGGUUUGGCAGAUGGCCAUGCGUCAGGAUGCAGUCACCAUGGAUGCGAGAGAUGUGCAGGAAAGAUGGUUGGACCGGAGAGAUGAGUUAGACGAAGAAGAGCGGCGAGCAUGGGCCGAGGAGAGCAAGAGCAUGCCAGACGCACCGAAGCCUAGUGUGACUGUCAGGUCCGCCGCAGCAGAGGCCAACAGCAGACGAGCUGAUCCAGACGACGAUGCAGAUGAUCUGGAGGAAAUGCGAGCGUUCAUGGAGAAUAAGAAAGACAGCGGCAUCAAUGUGGUGCGAAAGUGA